AUAACGUCGCGCGCUCCCAAACGGCAGCCGCGUCAGUCUGACGUUUUCCGUUACGAUCGAGCGGAGGUGGAGAGAUCGCGGCCGAUUGUAGGCAGCGGUGGCGAUUUCAAUUUAUUUCCCCGAUCGACUUGGCGCGCGCGCGCGCGCUUUUCUUCUCGUCCCUCGAUUUUACGGCGAGCCCCCAGGAUCAGCAGCGACGAGUCUCUUCCCCCAGCGAGCGACGACGACGACGACGACGACACCGUUCGCCCUUUCGUCUGUAUGCCUCGCGUACGCCCCCACCGUCACCGAUUUUCCAUGAAUGUUAAUAUUGUCUUCCUAGAGCGACUGGUAAUGCAAAUAUUCUUCCUUGAUCUGAAGUCUGUAAGAUGGUUCUCGUCAUCCAGUUCCAAUUUUAGCUGAGAGUAAUAUAAAAAUAGCGAAACGAAAUCGGUCCAGCUUGGUGGUAAUGCGGGGAUGUGGAUCUGCUUCGACCCAACAGAAAGCCGAGUAGGCUGGGGUACUUCCAUUUCGUUUGUCGUGCUUCUAUACUGGACCUCCAUUACCAUCGAUGCCAGUCUAACGAAUGCAGCGGCGUCCAAUGUCCCACGUAGUACUGUCACGUCAGAGGUAUCACUACCAGCAUCGGCACACCACGAUAACGACGAAUGCAGGAAUGUGACCACUGACAAUAGAGAGGGUACUGGACUGUCAGUGGUCAGCCAUGGAUCCGGUUAUCCUCAUUCGCCGAUAGUGCCUCCAACCUUUCUGUACGGAGCUCUUACCUGCCAACCCUAUCAAGGAAUUUACGUGAACCACAUCUACUUUCAACUCGCAAAUGCCUUCUUCCUAUUGUCACACCUUGCACCAAGCGGCAUACAUGGUGUGCUCUAUUUAAGGUGCACUCUACUCGUGGGCUGUGCCUUUCUUGCUUUGUGGGGCUGGACAAUAGCUUGUUGGCUGGACGCUGCUCUCUGGAAUGCUCUCUUUGUUGCCAUCAACUUCGUCCAUGUAUGCACGCUUCUUUACAAGCUCAGGCCUAUCAAGUUUACAAGGGAAAUCGAAGAGGUAUACAUUGCAGUGUUCCAGCCAUUACGGGUUUCUCGUCAUCAAUUCAGAAAAGUAUUAAAUUGCAUGAAGGUCAUUCGCCAGUUGAAGUAUCAAGAGGUUUAUGCACAAGAAAAAGUGACCAAAGUCGAUUCUUUAUCGUUGGUGCUGUCGGGAAAAUUAGUUGUCUCACAAAGUGGGAGAGCAUUGCAUAUUGUCUUCCCACAUCAGUUCCUGGAUUCUCCAGAAUGGUUUGGUGUUUCGACAGACGAAUAUUUCCAGGUGUCAAUAACAGCUAUGGAAGAAUCAAGGAUAUUAUUAUGGCAUAGGGACAAACUAAAAUUAAGCAUAAUUAGCGAUCAAUUCCUGCAGGCAGUGUUUGAUCACAUUUUGGGCAGAGAUGUAGUUAAGAAAUUGAUGCAGGUCAGUGAAACAAUGGCUGCUAGCAAUCAUCAGCAGCAAAAUGGACAGAUAAUUGGUCUGGGUGGAAUCGGAGCCUUAGAAAAUGAUGCUGAUACAAAACUUUUUGGUAAAAAGACUGGUGACAGUCAAGGCAUUACUGCUCUCAUUAGUCGUCAACUUCAAGCGGCAGGAGAUCCAAAUGCUUGGAGAUUGGGAAGAAUCGAAGAGACUGAUCAUGAAACACCUGUUUAAUGGAAGGAUUGUUAAAUCAAUGUCAUCCUCGACAGUCAAUAUAAAGUAACACCGGUGUUUUUACAUAAU